GUUAAAUUAUUCACUUGGUUACUUCACAAUGGAAGGAUUAACACAAAGAUUCAACUAAGCAGAAAGGGGAAUCCUUAUCCAAGAUAAGAGGUGCAUUUUUUGCCAAAUCCAUGUCGAAAAUAUUUCACAUCUGUUCAAAUAAUGCAAGCUCACUAGGGCAGGGUGUUCUUGCUUGGCCUCCAAUAUAAACAUUAGAAUGAGUGAAUUGAUUGACUUCUUUUCCAGAGAAGUUAAUAAUAAUCUCUUGCAGAGCUGGAUAAGGUUAUGUGACCUUUGCUCAUGACUCUGUAUUGACAGGAGAAUUAUUCUAAUGUUUUUACAUAGUAUUUUAUAAUUUAUAUAGAAUUGUUCUACAUGAAUAAUGCAAACACUCUUCGCGUGGUUAUAGGUAAAUGAUGCUUUCAUUUAUUCAUUUUUCUUAUAUAACUUCUUUAUUUGUAGUAAGUGAGUUGACUUCAAUAUGCAAGCUUCAACUCUUGUAGUCGUGUUAUCUUGUGCAAAAGUUGUGAUGAAGAUUGAAAUUGAAUUGGAUUAGCCAACAUAGGAAAGAAAUAGAGGUUUAGGGUUUUGCCAAUUAGAAUUCAAUUAGUAGUUGGUGAAAAACUUUAGGCUAUUUUUUUUUUAAAAAAAAACACACUCAUUAUUAUUUUAAAAAUAAAAAUAAUAUAUUUAUUAAUAUUUUAAAUAUAUUAAAGAUGAAUAACCCAGCUUUAUUAGAAUGGAUAGCAAUCACAAAGGUGGCUGGCCCAACAACGGCCCGGCCCAAUUAUGAUCUUUAUUUGUGUUGCAGCCCGAUCUAAUCUCAUUCGACAUGGAACCGCCGCCGACCAUGGCCUUUCGAUGUCUUCUUCGGCUGUAAGGAAGAAUUUCUAUAAGAUAUGGAAAGGACUUACUUUUGUGGGAAGCCAAGUAUUCAUUCAGCAUUCUUCACCUAUGGUUUGAAAGAUUUUAAACCUAAACUUCCAUUCAAGCUGUUGCCACUUCCAAUAGCUACAUCAAGAGAGGCACACGGAAUAUUGGCAUCCCUUAAUCCCUGUCCAAAAGUUCAUCAUGGAGAAACAUUGCAACUUUUGCUUGAUGUAGCACCAUCCGAAAUUAGUCCUCAAUUCUUUAGUUUAGGUUUAUCAACUGAGCAUUGUGAAAACAAGAAACCCGCCAGCCUUGGAUUUCAGACUUCUGUAUCCAGUGUGAAGUAUGAGAAAGGUUCCACUAAUUGUGAAAGUGCUCAAGGUGUCUCCCAUAAAGAAAUCCAGAGAAGACUGAAGAUUGGCGCAGCAAACAGAGGCAGGAUACCUUGGAACAAAGGAAAGAAACACAGUGAAGAGACUCGUGAACGCAUUAAGAAAAAAACAUUGGAGGCCUUAAGCAACCCCAAGGUCCGGAAGAAGAUGUCUCAAUUCCAUCAUAGGCACAGUGACCAGAGCAAAUCUAGGAUUAGUUCUUCCCUAAAAAAGAUAUGGGAAGAGCGUCGAAAAAUUAAACGACUACAAGCCCAAUGCUACACAUUGUGGGCAAGAACUAUUGCUGAAGCAGCAAAAAUAGGAACUGAUGACCAAGAGGAAUUAGAAUGGGAUGACUUUGAGAAAAUGAAAGCAGAUUUCAUGACCCAACAAGUAAAACUCAAAGAAGAGAAAGAAAGGGCAAAAGUACGUGUGAAGCUAAGAGCUGAAAUGGUUGCGAGGGAGAGGGCUGAAAAAAUUGCAAAGCUCGCUGAACAAAGGAAACUGCGGAAACAAAUGAUGGAAGAUAAACAGUUGGAGUUAUUUUCAAGAGAGAAAUCUAACAGAGAGAAGAAGAUACCAUUAUCCAAAAGUUUAAAACUCAGGGCAAGAUUAACUAAGUUUCGUGAACGCAAGAAGCAACUAAGCAAUUCCUGGAAAUUUGAAGCUGACAUGAUUGAAGAACCGAGGCCAGAGUUUAAGAAAUGGGACAUGGAAGUGAUUAAAAAUGAAAGUUUGAAACAAAUCUCACUUGCUGAUCAAAUCGAAGCCGUGAAGAACAGAACAGAAUUGUCAGGAAUAGAAAUUGUAGCAAAUGCAUCCAUAGAUUAGGAGAUGAUUGGUUCCAUGAUAUGUGAUUUACUUGCCUUGCGAGGACAUUAUGCCACAGUAGGUUCUUCAAAUUUUUUGUUCAAAUACUAAUCUUAUUAAUACUUUUUUGGGAAAUUA